GCCAUUUUGGAGUGGGGAAUCUGGGCCGCAGCGCGUAAGACCUACGGCGCUGGUGGCCGUCCGUCGUCGAGGUCCCGAGCUCCGUCGAGGACGCAGAUUGCGCCGGACCGAGGAGAAGAGCCGCUGCCGGGGGAGAAGAGAGCGGGGCGGCCCAGCCGGAAAGCCGCCAAGGAUGAAGCGAGGAGGCGAUAGUGACCAUGAUUCACCUGAAGAAGGUACUGCAGAGAAAUCAAAGAGACCUAGGACUGCGCAUGAAUGUCCUCCUGCUUGUGACUGGGGUAAUCUCCUGCAGGACAUCAUCCUCCAAGUAUUUAAAUAUUUGCCUCUUCUUGACCGGGCUCAUGCAUCACAAGUUUGCCGCAACUGGAACCAGGUAUUUCACAUGCCUGACUUGUGGCGGUGUUUUGAAUUUGAACUGAAUCAGCCAGCUACAUCUUACUUGAAAGCUACACACCCAGAGCUGAUCAAACAGAUCAUUAAAAGGCAUUCAAACCAUCUACAAUAUGUCAGCUUCAAGGUGGACAGCAGCAAAGAAUCUGCCGAAGCAGCUUGUGACAUACUAUCGCAGCUCGUGAACUGCUCCUUAAAAACACUUGGACUUAUUUCAACUGCUCGGCCAAGCUUUAUGGACUUACCAAAGUCUCACUUUAUCUCUGCCCUGACAGUUGUGUUUGUAAACUCCAAAUCCCUGUCCUCGCUUAAGAUAGAUGACACCCCAGUAGAUGAUCCAUCCCUCAAAGUGCUAGUGGCCAACAACAGCGACACGCUCAAGCUGUUAAAAAUGAGCAGCUGCCCUCAUGUCUCUCCAGCAGGUAUCCUUUGUGUGGCUGAUCAGUGUCAUGGCUUACGAGAGCUGGCCCUGAAUUACCACCUACUAAGUGAUGAGUUGCUCCUGGCUCUGUCUUCUGAAAAACACGUUCGAUUAGAACAUUUGCGCAUUGACGUCGUCAGUGAGAACCCUGGACAGACACACUUCCAUACUAUUCAGAAAAGCAGCUGGGAUGCUUUCAUCAAACAUUCACCUAAAGUGAACUUAGUAAUGUACUUUUUUUUAUAUGAAGAGGAAUUUGACCCAUUCUUUCGUUAUGAAAUACCUGCUACUCAUCUUUACUUUGGGAGAUCCGUAAGCAAAGAUGUGCUUGGCCGUGUGGGAAUGACUUGCCCUAGACUGGUUGAGCUGGUAGUGUGUGCUAAUGGAUUGCGGCCCCUUGAUGAAGAGUUAAUUCGCAUUGCAGAGCGUUGCAAAAAUUUGUCAGCUAUUGGACUUGGGGAAUGUGAAGUCUCAUGCAGUGCCUUUGUUGAAUUUGUGAAGAUGUGUGGUGGCCGACUAUCUCAGUUAUCCAUUAUGGAAGAGGUACUAAUUCCUGACCAAAAGUAUAGUCUGGAGCAGAUUCACUGGGAAGUGUCCAAGCAUCUUGGCAGAGUAUGGUUUCCGGACAUGAUGCCCACUUGGUAAGGACUGCUUAGCAGUGAUGAAAACAUGGCACCUUAACUUCAAACAAAUGUAUUAUAAUAAAUGUUUAUUUGCUGUAGUUCUGAUAUAACUCUGUUUCUGUGGCACACAAAAUUUGGUAUCUUCAGUGAGUUUAGAGGAACGCUUAUUGGAAGACCUAUGAUUCAAUUUUUAUUUGAAAAAUUCCAUUUCAUUUCUUUUUAAACCUCAUAGCAAUCAAAUCUGAAAAUUUAAAGAAAAAAGGUGGUUACAUAUUUGAAAAUAAUGACCAAUUCUAAACAGUCAGAAAGAAACAACCUAUAUAUUCUAAUAUCCAAAAUAAGUACUGAUAGGUUUUCUGAAAUGUUUUGUUCUCUAUGCAUUUUUUUAAAAAUGUAAACUUGACAUUUUAGGGUCUUCAGUUAUAAAUACACCUGUUAUAAGGUGUUUAAUAUAGCUCAGGAAAGUGAGCAUUUGUGAGAAAAAUGUAUGAUAUAUUGUAUCUAAUGACAAAGAUAGGUUGAAUAUUUUCAAAUGUUAUGAAGCUGUUUAAAAAAAUAAAGACAUAUAUAACUAAUUGGAGCAUUUAAAUACUGAUGUCACACAGUGGUUCUUAUAGGAGGAUAAUAUAAUACAUGGAGCCAAGAUCAAAUUCAAAGACUACAAACGGAAUAGAAGGGAGGCAAUAUUUAGCUUUGUAUAAACUUAGGUUUCCUUUAUAAUAUGCUAAUCCAUGUAAGUUCUUCUCUGUGAUCCAUCUAUGUAUGUGGCACUUGAGACAUUGUAUGUAAAAUAAGGAAUGCUGUAACAAUUUUCCCCGGUUUUGUUGAUCUUUGUUUACUUUUUAACUAAUAAUUGAAAUGAAAAUCUUACCUUCUUAAAGCCUAAUUGAAUAAUUAAGAGCAGAACUUUAUAAAUAAUGAAUUGCUUCCAUGAAAGAAUAUUAGUCUCCAGUGAAUUUUAGUGAUGCCUCAUUUUUUCAUUUUAGAAUUACAGUCCCAUAAGUAGAAUUUGAAGUACCACUGUGUACAGUUCAACAGAAACACUAAAUUUAAGAGGAUAUUUAUAUAUAAAGUUCAUAGUCAUAUUUUUGAGUAAGUCUUGCUCAACGAACUGGAACAUUUUCAUAGAAAAAUACCUGCAGUUUUGUGAUUAAUUUGACUAAAAUUGAUAUUUUAUAUUAUUUAAGUUAGGUAGAAUUUUAUAUUACUUUCAUAUGAAUAAUAAAUUAAGGUAAGUCCAUGAAUUGUAGUCUAUAAACACUAUUAAGUUUUUGGCUAUAUUUAGGGUUUUUUAAAAAGAUACAAGAACUGUAGAUUCUGGGUACUAGUCCUGAUAGAUCUUAUUAUCCUAAGGGAAAUUAGAAGUAAUUUACCCCCAUGGAAUAUAUAAACACUUUAAGUUGGCUCUUUUGAGUAGUGAGGUGGCUAUUCAAAAGUAUCUUGGUAGUUAGGGAAGUUAACAGCCUUUAAAUAAAUGGCCUUCCUAAGAAUAAAAUAAAACAUGGCUUUCUGUGCAAAGUAUGCUUUCAGAAGAUAGUAUUCUACCCUUUAGCCACAUAAAAUGAGAAAAAAGGCUGACCUGAAUUCAGAUUAAAAGCAGUUAGAAUAUUUUCCUUCUUGCUAAGUAGUAAGAGCUUUGAUUCACAAAAAAUACUUGUAUUCGUUGUUGAGGAUUUUCCUUCAUUUGUGAGCAACGUUGGAAAUGGAUUUGACAGUAAUCAGUUCUGCUAACCAAAGCUUUAUUUAAAAAUUUACUUUUGUACAAAAUGAAUUAUAUAAUGCUUGAAUACCUUAAAGUCACUUUAUAACAAGAUGCGUAGCACUUAAUUUGUUUAUACUGUAAAGUAUAUGUUAAAUGCUUUUAUCAACUUGAGAAUAAAGAUAGUUACUAA